AUGGCGUCGACAAAGUCAAUACUGCGUCUGGCAAGUCGGCGGCCACUCACUACAGCUUCCAAAGCCGCCACACGUAUCCAGAGUACCGCACUAUUUCACACAACACCUGCUCAAGGAGCCAAGCAGGAAAAGCCCAUCGAUUACAGAACUGCACCUCCAGAUCUUCUGUCAGAGCUUCGAAAGGCCCCUCGACCUCCCCAAGGAAAACUCUCCGCGCCCGUGGUUAAUGACGCCGACAAGUACUCCGAACAUGCUCUCCCCCUUCAUCAAUACGGCCAAUACCUGAUGUCCGCGCUGCCCAAGCACGUCCAACAGUUCUCCGUCUGGAAAGACGAGCUGUGCAUCUACAUCACACCUACAGGAGUGAUCCCCGUUUUCACUUUCUUAAAAUACCACACGGCCGCCGAAUACACCAUGGUCGCAGACAUAACCGCGGUCGACUUCCCCACCAAGAACUACCGCUUCGAAGUCGUUUAUAAUCUUCUCAGUGUCCGACACAACUCACGGAUAAGGGUCAAGACAUACGCGGACGAAGCCACACCCGUCCCAUCCAUCACAUCUCUUUACGAUGGAGCAAACUGGUACGAGCGUGAAGUCUACGACAUGUUCGGCGUCUUCUUCACUGGCCACCCGGAUCUACGCCGAAUCAUGACCGACUACGGAUUCGACGGGCACCCAUUGCGGAAGGAUUUCCCUUUGACCGGAUACACAGAAAUCCGAUAUGACGAGGAGAAGAAGCGAAUUGUCGUCGAACCCCUCGAGAUGACCCAGGCGUACCGAAACUUUGAAGGUGGCACCAGUGCCUGGGAGCAGGUCGGCACUGGUGUGGACAGGAAACCAGAGCAGUUCAAACUUCCUACCCCGCCCCCUGAGGAGAAGAAGGAAGAGAAGAAGUAG